AUGUCUGAUUUUCCAACCCUCGAACCCGCCUUCACGAUCCAAGUCGUAAUUGAUCCACCCAUGGGAAUCGGCAGCGCCUCGCGUGGCACCCCAUUGACCGUCGUUCCAAUGCUCGGCGGCACCAUGAAGAGCGAGUCUGGCUUCUCUCCUGCUGUUGAUGCCAAAUUCAAAGGCGUGGGAAAUGAUUAUAUCCACAAUGACCCUACUGGGAAACAUAUACGGUUGAAUGCCCAUGGAGUGCUGGAAACCUCGGAUAGAGCAGUGCGUCUCCACAACUCUGCCUCUUGCCGUUGGUUACUGAUGUAUCACUUUCAGUUGAUUUACCUCAAUUAUACAGGCAUCGUCGAAGUCACUCCAGCAUUAGGAGCUAUUCUUGGAGGAAGUUCAGAGGCAAAUACAACACCAUACGGGACUUCAUUCACCCACCUAACGUUCGAAACGGGAAGUGAAAAAUACAAGGAGCUUGAGACUAGUGUCUUUGUGGCUGCCGGACACUUCAUCUUCGAGAAAGACAAGCCUGUUGUUGUCGAAUACAAGGUCAGCCGAGUCAAGCAUACUAGUAGCUAA